ACGAUUUAAAAAUUUUUAUAAUUCAACAAACAACUCAAAAUUAAUUACUACAACAUUUAUUAAAACACUGUGAAAAUUUGACAGCACAGUUAGAAUAAUCUUAUUUAGAUUGAGCCUAUCCUGAGCUAUGGGGAUAUUACCUGAAGGAGUACCACUUUCCUGGCAAGAGACAAAAGCCCUAUCCAAGCAUGUACAAAUACAUGGAGUACAACAAUUUAUAAAUCUAUAUCGUAAAGCUAAAGAUCGUCAUGAUGAUCCCUUUAAAUGGGGCGAUGAAAUGGAAUAUAUCAUUGUUAAAUUUAACCACGAUAAAAAAGAAGCCAAAGUUUCUCUGAAAGCAGAAAAACUUUUGAAAAUUUUAAUUAAAAGAGAACAAAACAAUCAAGGCACUGGUUUAUGGCGUCCAGAAUAUGCAGCUUAUCAGUUGGAAAGUUCUCCACUUGUUCCGUUCGAGGGAACUUUCGAACACUUUAAGAAUGUUGAGCCAGAUAUGCGCCGAAGACGAGCGGAGAUUCAACAGCUUUUGGACGAAGAUGAAUGUGUUAUGACUCUGGUGACUUCUUUACGUUUUGGUUGUAAAGAUUUUACUUAUCCAACAUUUGUAACAAGACCUAAUGAUCCAAAUAGUUAUGCUAAAUCUCUUUAUAUACCUGACGAGGCCAUAUUUAGCGGACAUCGACGUUAUCAAACUUUAUCGCGCAACAUGCAAGCGAGACGCGAAGGAAAGAUGGAAAUUAAAUUAAAAGUGUUCAAAGAUGUAAAUACAAAGUUACCCAUUGAAGGUAGUCCUAUAAAGGAACCAGAUGUCGUACUGCUGGAUACAACUUUUGGCAGUAACUUACAAGUUACGAUACAGGGAGCUGAUAUGGCAGAGACACGUUAUUUGUACGAUCAAUUAGCGCCUUUGUGUCCCAUGAUACAAGCUAUAACUGCUGCUGCUCCCAUACAUCGUGGUUUCUUAACAGAUUUAGACAAUAGUUAUUAUUAUAUAGGCGAUGGUUCAGAUGAUCGUACACCAGAAGAAAGAGGCCUUAGACCUCUUAAAAACGACAAGUGCGUUUUAAAGAAAAAACGUUGGGAUUCCAUAGAUUCUUAUCUCACUCCCGAAGCUGAGAAAUACAAUGACAUUGAACUUUAUUAUGAUCAGGAAGUAUAUAACCACUUGCAUAAUGAAGGAGUUGAUCAUGUCAUGGCACAACAUAUCGCCCACAUUUUCAUGCGUGAUCCUUUAAUUAUGUUUACUGGUCAAGUAGAUCAAAACGAUGAAGAAGAAACUGGACAUUUUGAUAAUAUUAACACUUCCACCUGGCAGACUUUGCGCUUUAAACCCGCCAUACCCAAUACAGAUCUGGGUUGCAGAGUAGAAUUUCGACCUUGUGAUAUACAAAUCACUGAUUUCGAAAAUGCUGCUGUUUCCUGCUUUGUUAUACUCUUAACGCGUGUCAUUCUUCAUUACCGCUUGAAUUUCCUCAUGCCAAUAAGCAAAAUCGAUGAAAAUAUGGUGACUGCUCAAAAGCGUGAUGCCUGUCGUAAAGAGAAAUUUUGGUUCCGUAAAAAUAUAACCAAAUCUAAGAAACAGAAGAAUGGAGUUGGAAAUGAUGAAAAAAGCAAUAGCUUUCCUCAAAAUGUUCUAAAAAGAGGUCUCCACAAUGUAUCAGAUUGCAUUGAACAAAAUCGCAUAACAAAUGGUUACAUCAACGAUUGCCAGACUAAAGAAUUAGAACUCAUGACAAUCGAUGAAAUAUUUAAUGGAAAGUCCGAAAUGUGUCCUGGUUUGAUUCCGAUGACUCGCGAUUAUCUCAAAACUCAAGAUUUGGAUAACGAAACACAUAAUGUUUUAGAAAAAUACAUUCGUUUUAUAGAGAACAGAGCAUCGGGCGAAAUUCAAACAAAUGCUAUGUGGUUAAGAGAACAAGUCCACAAUCAUCCUGAAUACAAGAAUGAUUCAGUUGUUAGUGAAAGAAUAAAUUACGAUAUUUUAAAGACGAUUAAAUAUAUCCAAGAUCAAGAAAUAAUGGAAGCAUAUUUAUUAAAAUAACAAAUGUGUAUUGUAAUUUUGAUUUGCAGCUUUAAAUAAAAAAAACUAACAAAUAAACUAAAUUUUCAUUUCGAUAUCGUGCACGAAGAAUUUCAAGAUAUUGCAAAAUUUGACCUUUGACCUAAAAAUACUUCAUAUUACUAAAAAUUUUUAUAUUUUAAUUUAAAUUUUUAAAUUAAAAUAAUAUAUGUAAAAAUUUAAAAUAAAUUAGUUAUAAAACACAGAAAUCGGUAAAAAUUGUAAAAUUUAUUACAAAUUUAUCAUAUUUUAAGAAAUAAUCUUUUAAAAAUUUGAUUAAAACAAGAGUUUCUUCCUGAAUAAAGAUGUUUUUGUACAUACCAAAUAUUUGAAAGUAAAUUAUCAUUUCCUUGAUUAAUUCUGGAGAUUUAUACCUUGCACGAAAUUAACUUAAUGAAACAAGACAUUAACA